UGUCAAAAAAUAAUUUUAUUCCUAUUUGCGGAAUAUUGUUUCCUUUAAUUAUUUGUAUUAAUAGAUAAUAUUGAAUUCAUUGUGGUAAUGUAAUUCAAUAUAUCCGUUUUGGUUUCGUUUAUCGCGUUUGUAUUGAGAAAGAGAAUUGAUAAUAUAGUGUUAUAAAACAUUAACAUGUGAGUGAUGAGUUGUACGGAAAAUGAAAGUGGCCCUUUUGUCGCACUCUUCUUACCAGCAGUGGCUGGUUGCUUGACAAUACUGCUGGCGAGGCGUUGGGCGUACUCUCAAGUCAACAAUACUUCGUCAACAGCCAUCUCCAGGCGGCGUAAAAUCAUUAAAGACCCGCCUGUCAAGCGGCCUAUGCCGCCAGUUACUACUAAAAUGAGUCCACCCGCUACUAAAAAAAGUACUGGCUUUAAUAAAAAAGCGGCAUACUCACUGCUAGAAGAGGAUUUAAAUGGCAGCAGACGUGCAACACGUGCGCGAGCCAUGAGUGACACAAUUAAACGAACUGAUGGCACCAUGCCACCUAAACAUAUCCCAUUCCCCUAUAUCCCACAGGAUGGAACACUGUUGUUUGAAACUAUGACAUUCAUAUUCACAUUGGUGGCAACUGGACUACAGUUCCUGAAUUUAUACAGGACCAUAUGGUGGCUUCCAAACUCAAAUACCGAUCAGGCAAUGAACUUCUAUUUGAUUGACACACAUCUGGUAGCAUUCAUAGUGACAAUAUUAUUUAGAAGACUUCUGCUCAGUAUGACAUUAGCACUGUUAAAUUAUCUGCUCGCACCCAAGCUGAUACCACACGCUACAAUCGCCACCAGGAUGUUCGUUCUGGGCGUAGUAUUGGGAGCACUGGCAUGGUGUUCCUACUUUAUAAUGCUCAAGCACCCGUUACUGAAGAUUUUCUUCCUCUGUUAUCCAGCUGUUAUAUACCUAUUACUAUUUGGAUUCCAAUCCGGCCCAUUCCUGGAGCUGAACAACACAGAGACUCCGCUAAUGCACAGCUGCAGUCACUACCCACAGCAGAUCAGGGAUGAGGUGGAAGUGAUGAGGCAGGACUUCAAUCUAAGACUCAAAAAGAUAUUGUUCAAUUCAAUUGUGGGGGCGUACUACACGAGUUUUAUACCAUGUUGUUUUGCACAGUCGUAUUUGUAUUACGACGUGUACGGCGCGUCUCAGCAAGUGGCGUUCGUGUGGGCGGGCUUGUUCGGCCGGUACGCGAGUCAGCUGCUGCCGGCGACGCAUUGUGACGUAGUGCAUCGCGCCGCGCAACAUCUCGGCUGCUGGCGACUGCAGACUGGAUGCACAGUGAACGAGUGCGGAGUGAGCCCGUGGUCGUCGGAGGUGUGGUGGGGGCGCGACUCGCGCGUGUGUGCGGGCGGCGGGGUGUUCGUGGCGGCCGCGCCGCGAGUCUCCGCCGAGCCGGCCGUCGCGCACCACACGCGCUUCUAUACAGUCUUCAUAAACCCUUCGGUGUUACUGUGUAUGUUACUAUGCCUCCAGCUGUCGCUCAUUGUGCUGCAGUUGUGCCUACUCUUCAGCAAUAUUCAAUGGCACCAUUUCCUCUCCAUACUCAUACUAUUGUUCAUAAAUUACUACACGCUCUUCAAGAUGACACGUGACUAUCUCAUAGCAUGGAAAGUCUACAGAGCAGAAAGUAUGAUAUAUGACAAAAAUAAUUGUAUACAAAACAAUUAAUUGAUAAGUGAAAGUCUUAGUGUACCCCCGUAGCGCUCGUCCAGAGAAUUAUCGUGAUAUUUGUUCCACAUCUUGAGAGGGUCUAGUCUUUUUCAAACCCUAUUGUUGUAACUUAGACUGUAAGCAUGAGUAAAUGUUUGAAAUUUUAAACUCUAUCUUGAGGAGAUAAAAACCAUCGCUCAUAUAUAUCCUUGAAUUCUUUUCCGACAGGUCUAGAUCUCUGAAAAAGGGCGAGCAUUGUGCUCUAUUAUCUAUAAGAUCUAUGU